AUGAACAGGCCUGUUUUGCUCCUUGCUCACGGAUCCUGGCACCCACCUCAUCUCUAUGACUCGCUGAAAGAGGCUCUUGCAUCUCGAGACUAUACCCUUGUUGUGCCGGCCCUCCCAAGCAUGGGUGCCAACGCGACAGGAAUAGGUUGGGAGGCAGACACCAAGACGCUUCUGGACUAUGCGGAACCGCUCUUCAAGCAGGGAAAGGAGGUCCUGUUGGUUGCCCAUUCGUACGGAGGACUACCAGCUUGUGUAGCAACCCGUGAGAAUAGCAUCGCAGAGCGCGCGAGGCGCGGUCUUUCCGGCGGCUUCCGCCAUGUAAUCUUCCUCUGCGCGUUUGCCAUCCCUGCUGCCGGUAUGAGCAUCUUGGACACCCUUCCAAAUAGGCAGUGGUUCGAUUGGCAUACUAUCAGUGAAACCAACGGAUUUCACCAAAUCUCUGUCAACGAGAAGUCCAAAAAGCAUUUGUACAACGACCUGUCCCCGAAGACAACCGAGGAAUUUUACAAGGCGCUGGUUCCGCAGUCUUACAAGGCUGUGAUAACGCCCAUCGACUUUGCGGCACCUGAUAUCAGCAUUCCCAAGACGUACAUAGUGUGUGAGAAAGACAAUGCAUUUCCUGUACCAUUGCAGCACGAGUUGAGCACGGGACUUGGUUUUAACAAGCUUGUUAUCAGCGGGGGCCACUCCGCCUUCGCCAGUGUUCCGGACGAGGUGGCCGAUGCUCUGGUGAAGAUCGCUGAGGGGGGAUGA